AUGGGGGUUGACUAUUACGACUUAUUAGAAGUCCAAAAAUCCGCAAGUGAUGACGACUUGAAGAAAGCGUAUCGGAAGCUUGCCAUGAAAUGGCACCCAGACAAGAAUCCGGACAACAAGAAAGCAGCCGAGGCUAAAUUCAAGCAAAUCUCGGAGGCGUACGAGGUAUUAAGUGACCCUGAGAAGCGUCAAAUCUACGAUCAAUACGGCGAGGAAGGUUUGAAAGGGCAGGCUGCGCCAGGAGGGGGUUCGUACAGCAGUCAUGGGGGUCACUCGCAUGGCAAUUUCCGUUUCAACCCACGGAGCGCAGAGGACAUAUUCGCGGAGGUCUUCGGCGGUCACAGUCCGUUUGGAGGGGCUUACGGACCCGGAUUUGGCGGGAUGGGUGGCAUGGGUGGUAUGCCAAGUGGUCGCUUCAGUCGCAUGGGGAGCGCCAACGGUAUGGGGGAAUCGAUGCAGUAUCAGGAUAUGUUCGACCAUGGCAUAUACGGUUCUCAGGCAUCAUCAGCUUCGACUGGUCCCAGAAAAUCCCCACCUGUGGAAAACAAGCUUCCAUGUACGCUAGAGGAACUGUUUUCUGGAUCUUCCAGGAAGAUGAAGAUCUCACGCAACAUCAUAGAUGCAAACGGACGACAAAAAACGGUGGACGAGAUUUUGACAAUCAAUGUGAAGCCUGGCUGGAAGAAGGGAACAAAGGUUGACAGCAGACCAGAAGACAGCAAUCAAACAGGCUUUUGGGAAAAGCAGCUGACCGUGUUAUCAAAGUAG